AUGGAAUCACAGCUACCUUCUCAACAAAUCGAUAUGGAUGCGAAGCUGGAAGUUGCCGAUUGCACUCUUAGUUCUGCCAAGUCUGUGAACUCCCAAGAGGAAGAAUCUCAUACCGUAUUUCAGUCAGAGGGCCAGGCAGCACAUACGGCUACUAGGACUCCGGUACUAGAAUACGAUAAACUCCGUAGCUUGGAUCAGGAGCUUCUUGAUACUCAACGUGGUUCUUUUUCUGUCAUCCCAAGUACCACAUAUGGCACCAAGAAUCCAGACAUGGACUUUGAUCUCCCAGGCUCCCAAGCAUCUGAUCCCUUGUCCUCAGACUCUACAAUUUCACCCACCCAGAGAGAUGAUGUUCACUCAAACAGCAUGCCGGAUGUGAUGCUUCCUGAUACCCAGCGUUCUAUUCUUACCCCAAGUACUGCGGAGGUGGCAAUUGCUUCUGAGCUUUUCUCGAAAAUCUCAGGAAGAAACAGGGCUCUAAUUAUUGAUCAAGCACUACCAUAUCCCCAAGCAUCCUGCUCUCUGGCCAGGUUUUCUCGUUUCACACAGCCCAGAAUUCGUCAUUCUGUCCCACACAUUCAACCUUCUAACCUCUCAUAUUUCCCGGAAUUCGUGCUGCCAGAUACCCGAGGGGACGACGUGGACUCCAAUACCAUCACGAAUAUGAUGCCCCCAGGUACCCAACGCCCUCUUCUCGCUCAAAGUAUUGUAUCACAAAUUCUAGGAUUUUUCUCGGAAUCUAUCCAUCCCGGCACCCAAAGAUUUGACGAUAUGUCGUUCUCCGACGCCAAUCUACCAAGUACCCAGACCCACCCGAUGGGCUCACCAAAUACUCAAAACAUUGCACAAGUCGGCAUUCAGCCAUCGAUUGGUACAUCUAGCUUCCCUUCUAUCAAGUCACACUUUGGAGCUUCGAAAGUGUUCGAGGAAAACUCAAAACUAUCAGACACGCAAAGAAAUGACUACUCUGCGACUUCUCAACAGAUUUCCAAAAUCAGAGCCUUGCAGGCUGUUUAUGACACUGCUCCGGUAACCCAAGCUGCGGUAUCUCUUAUGAGUAAAUUUCCAUCGGACAGCCAGCUCUCAGACACUCAAGUUCCAUUCAAAAUAUCAAAUGCCGUAUCGAGUAUUGACGAUAGCCACCAAAUUCCAUCCGACAGCCAGCUUCCAGAUGCUCGAAUCUCUCCAUUCAAAAUAUCAAACCCAGUGCUGGAAAUUGGCGAUAGCUCAACCACAUAUAGAUUGAAAUGUGAUACACAGGUCGACCAUUCCACGAUCGUCCGUACAGUGUCAUUGGCAGGCGACCAAGAGCUCCAGAAACCUCAAGAAAAGUUACCCGAAAUUCUGGAUCUCACUGGGGACGUCCCUACUUCAAGCUUUCAGAUAUCCGCGGCCACGUCAUUCCCACAUCCGAAGCAGGCCCAAAUAGAUAUUACAAACCCAUCUUUCGCUUUUCAGACCAAUCUCAACAGCUUCAGCCAGAACAAGGCCCCUAUCAACAAGUUGACUUGCAGAGAACGGAAGCGCAUCAUCGUAUCUCAUAGUCGACCUCCAGGUAUUACAAAGGCCCUAUGCGAAUGGGUCAAGAAAACGAACUGGCUUCUUGACCCGUUCCGCGGGAAUGACGACUGUUGGCUCCAUCCCUCUCCUCCCCCAGCUAGAAUUGGUGCAGGCGGCAUGCUGCGACCAGUCGGCAAGCUUCAGAAGCGGUUCACUUGGAGAGAUAGACAUGGCAAAAAUUCCAUCGCGCUCAACUACGGCAUUGCCAACAAGAUUGUCAAUUACAAGAUGUUGCUAGGUAAAGUGCAAGGAGAGCAGGGUGCACUGACCACCAAGUCAGUGCACGGACCUCAGGCCUUGGCGCUGGUAUUUCCAGACUUCAAAGCACCUUUCGGUGUUUCGGAAUACUUACCCUUCAACGUGGCGCGCGAUUCCUCAAAACGCGUGUCCGCCGACGCGUCAGAGCACGUGUCAACCAUCAACGCGAUUGAUCCUCAAUUGCAACCACCUGCUGGUGUAGCGAAAGGUGAGGCCAAUACUAACGGUCAGCCCCAAAGCAAGAAGCCUAAGGAAGCCGCAGUAAAAGCAAACCUUGCUAUACAGCAAACCAUCAACAAGAAGAGAGGAAAGGCGGCAGAGGAACUGCCUGCUUCAGAGAAACCUUCAUUGGUGCCUGAACCUGGAAUCUCUUCAUCACCCCUGCGCUACCCAACGCUACCAGACGUUGGAAGCUCACCAUACGUGGCAGCAACUCUGCCUGAGGUAUUCCCAUUCCCUCGAUCCUUCCCCGAGGCUGACAAAGGUGAACUCUCCUCAUCCAGUGAAGACGAGUUUACUACUCCCUCAAAGAAGAUUCCUUCUAGGUCGCUAGCGCGCUCAGUCGACAGCGAACCCCCCCCUCCUCCGAGUCCUCCGAGUCCUCCCGAACCACUCACUACGAUUAUACCCAUUCGUCGAAAGAAGAUGAGUUCACAUAGCCUCAACUUACCUGAAGCUUCAAAGCUGAAAGGAGGUGAGAACUAUCAACAAUGGAAGGAUAAGGUGAUCAACAUUGCCAAGUCCAAUAGGAUUAGUAAAUACAUCAAUCCAAAGUCUCGGUCUUUGAUACCUAUGGAAGUCGACGAAUGCGACGACACAGUUAAGGCAGAAGACCUGCAAAGAUGGCUAGAUUGGGAUACCGGAGAGUCACAAAUGAAGCUUGCAAUUACUCUGAAUUGCAAGGCUGGUCCUCUUGGACACACACAAGGUAAAGCUACAGCCUUGGACAUGUGGGAGGCUUUACAACACCAGUAUGAGGGCUCAGGUACGGUUCUGGAAUACAACGCUAUUCAGACCUACGUUACAGCUAAAUACGAGGACUUCUCUUCACUCGAGCAAUUCGUCAUGGCUUUCAAGACUUCGAUUACGAAGCUCGAAGCUCUCGAUAUUGCGCCACCUGCUCAAUGGAAUCCAGUGAUGUUUAUCGCUGCUUGCUCGGAGAAAUGGCCAAUGUGGGCCGAACGCCAGCGCUCGAAUUUGCGUAUGGCUACUACCAAGAAUAAGAAGGCCGAGAUUACCUUGGAAUCCUUGAUUGAGGAUAUCACCGACGAAGAGGAUAGCGUAUAG